AUGGCAGCCAGGCCCGGACCAGGGCCCUGGCAGGAGGCCCCACGGCCGCCUCGCUCCGUGGGAGAGAGGUUUCUGAAACGCCAGCUGAAAGGUUUCUUCCAUCCAGACAUCACAGGCCAGUCAGGAGCAGAGGUGGCUGAGUCUCAGCAGAGCCAGGAGGCUAGCGCAGCGGGCACUCAUUGCCCCAAAGCUGACUCUGCUGGUUUUGAGGAUGACCAUGUUGAGACUGCACAAGAUAUACCAGUGAAUGAAGUGCCAGAGACUGAAGCUUUCUCCCACAUGCACACAGACAGGAUAUUUUUCAUUCAUUUAGCCAACAAGCAACUGCGAAACAUCUUGCCAGAGGUCUCGAGUCUAGAAUAUCUGGAAGAGCUGCACAUGGAAAAGAACCUGAUUGUAAGCAUCCCAGACAUCAAUCACCUGAGGCACACAAAGAUCCUCUACUUGGAUCAGAAUUACAUACAGGGCAUAUGCGAACUGGGGGAGCUGAAAUGUCUUCUAAGCUUAAAUCUAAGUAACAAUCCCCUCUCCUGUAGUUUGCUGCCAGUUAUCAGCAAGUUGCAGCCCCUUUGUCAGCUAGCCUAUAAAACAAACUUGCAUGAAAUCCCAGUGCAGGUCUGCGAAUACCUCCAUCGUGUUGAACUGCUUGGCCUUUCUGACAAUUAUUUCAAGAGUCUGCCUAAAGAAAUAGUGAACCUGCAAAAACUCAAGGAAAUUUACCUCCAGAAAAAUAGACCUGAAAGUUUUCCCAAGGAGCUUUGUCAUAUUGCUAAUUUAGAAAUAAUAGAUCUGGAACAAAAUCUGAUCAGUCUCAUCCCAGAAGACAGAGACUUUUUGACAAACUUAGUUAAGCUAUUUUUAGGUUUUAAUAACUUAUCCUCCAUUCCUCCUACACUGCAACACUGCCAGAAGCUGCCUGUGCUGGAUCUGUCUCAAUCUCCGCACAAGCUUCCCCCAGGUUUGAAGAAUCUCACUGAAAUGAGAGCACUCAGACUGUCUGCUAACAGCCUGGAGAAGUUCCCAAACCAGAUCCGCUGCUGGCUGUCUCCUUCCCGUGUUUAUCUGAGGAACACUGGACUGCACACAGUACCCAGGUCUUUCAUCAGAUUAACCAGUGUCAGGAUACUAGAUCUGAGUGAAAAUUGCUUUGAUGAUAUUCCUAAAGGACUAUGCACUAUGAAAAAUCUGGAAGUAUUGGCCCUGGAUGACAAUCAGAUACAGGAGAUACCUGCAGAGGUGAAAGAACUGACAAAUUUGAAAUGCCUUAGCCUGUCUGAAAACCAAUUCAGUAUCUUUCCAAAGCAAACCUUUCUCCUGGAGUCAUUAGAGAAAUUAUAGCUGGGACAAAAUAAAGCAAUUAAAUUCACAAGUCUGCCAGAAGACAUCAGCAAAUUGCAGAAUCUGAAGGAACUGCAUACAGAGAAUAAUUGUCUGGAGUACCUGCCCACAGCCAUCAGCUCAUUGACCCACUUGAAAAUAUUUGACUGUCAUAACAAUCUCCUUAAACAGCUCCCAGACUCUGUAUGCCAAAUACAAGGUGAAAUACAGUCUUUGUACAUAGUCAUUUACUACUCUAAUCAAAGGGUCUGGAGGACUACAGUGUUAGUCUCCUCCCUGCAUGGGUCGAUGAAUCAGAAGGGAACUGGACCUUUCUUGACACUUAAGAAUCUAACGAAAAAAAGAAAGAAGGAAAAGGAAAGGGGAAAAGAGAAGCCUGUAAAAGCCUCAAAAGCAAAAAGUGAUAUUUGGGCAGAAAAAUGCACAGGGCUCUUUUCAUUUACAAGAAGGGCAAAUGCGAGCAGAGAUAAGCGAGUAGGAGAUAAGCAGUAUUAA